GAAUAUUUUGAGAUAUAUAAUUAUUUUAUAAAGUAAAAGACAGUUAUACCUUAAAUCAAAAACUCUCUUUUUCAUCGUCUUCCUCGUCGACUACAGCAGCAAAAAGCCCUAAAUCUUAUCUAACGAAAACCCAGGGGACGAAGAACCUCUUCUCAAAUCGAUCCUUGACUCGAUCCUUUUCAGCUGUUGCUAAAAAUCAAUGGCGAGGCUCGUCGGAUCUGUUCAAGUUCGAUGACAGAAGCUCUAAUUUGUUCAAUUGCUUCUUAAACGAUUACGAAUAAGUUUAUAGAAUCAUAUCAGUGAGAGAAUUUUGGCUUGAGAUUGAGGUGAUAAAAGAUUCAGGAAUAUCCUUUUACCCAAGCCACAAUAAUCACCGUAUCUUCCAAGAUUUGGACAUAAGAUUUUGUAAACUAGCAUACGAGUGUAAAGAGAUUGCUUUACAUGGUACCAUUGUUGCAAUUCUGGAGUCAAAGUUGAAUAUCAAAGAAGAUUCUAAAGAAGAUGAGGGAAACUG